AUGAGAGGACGGGUAACGGGCUUACGGACUACCGAAAACAAAAUGCCGAUCGACCUGUACUACGUCCCCGGCUCGGCCCCGUGCCGUGCGGUGCUUCUCACAGCGCGUGCUCUCAACCUGAACCUCAAUCUGAAGCUGGUCGACCUGCACCACGGCGAGCACCUCAAGCCAGAAUACAUCAAGAUUAACCCUCAACACACGGUACCCACGCUGGUGGACGAUGGUCUGGCGCUGAGCGAGUCACGCGCUAUCAUCACAUACUUGGUGAAUAAGUACGGGAAAUCCAGCGGCCUCUAUCCAGAGGAGCCUCGCGCUCGUGCCCUCGUCGAUCAGCGCCUGUACUUCGACAUCGGCACGCUCUACCAGCGCUUUAGCGAGUACUUCUACCCACAAGUGUUUGCCGGAGCGCCAGCUGAUAAGGACAAGCUCGCGAAGGUGGAGGAUGCUCUCAAAAUUCUGGACACAUUCCUCGAGGGGCAGAAGUACGUGGCUGGACCCGGCCUCACCGUUGCCGACCUCAGUUUGAUCGCCAGCGUGUCCAGCUUCGAAGCCUCUGAUAUUGACUUCAAGAAGUUCCCCAAUGUUAAGAGAUGGUACGAAACCGUAAAGACCACAGCACCAGGCUACCAGGAGGCUAACGAGAAGGGUCUGGAAGCCUUCAAAGCCCUCGUCAACAGCAUGAAGAAGUAA